AAAGACACAGCCAAUUUUGAGUGACUCGUGUAAAAACAGGGGAAGAAAACACAUGAAUAGUGCAAUUCUUAAAAAAUGUUAUUUCUGGUUGGCACGUGUGCGGCUCAUGCAGUUUUGAAAAUGCCACGACUCUUUUUCCUUUUUGGAUUUGUUAUAAGAGGAUUAAAAGUGAACUGAAUUGUGUUAUUUUGUUCUGAACUUUGUCUCUGUUUUCGGGAAGAAGAGUAAAUUAGAAAUGGGGUUGAUUCAUAGCUUCUUGAAUUUAGUUUCUCCACCCAUUACUUUCGUCUCUCUCGGAUUCCUCUUGCCGCCGUAUGUGGUUUUUAAGUAUUUCCUUUAUUUGGUUAGAGGUAUUUUUAGCGAAGAUGUCGCCGGAAAAGUAGUUCUCAUCACCGGCGCUUCCUCCGGCAUCGGCGAGCAUUUAGCAUAUCAGUACGCACAGAGAGGAGCUCGAUUAGCUCUUGUAGAUAGACGAGAGAGGCCACUUCACGAAGUUGCUGAUAUAGCUCGCUACUAUGGCUCCCCUGAUAUUAUCACCAUUCCAGCCGACGUUUCCAACCUUCAAGAUUGUCGACGAAUCAUCGAUGAAACGAUCAAUCACUUUGGCCGACGUAACUCAAUUAAUCCACGUUUCAAUAUUCAUCAUUGCUAUUGGAUUCAUCAUAACUUUACUUCAAUUUUGUGUUUGACUGCAGUGGAUCAUUUAGUUAACAAUGCAGGCGUCGCCAACAUGACCCUGUUCGAAGAAAUCGAAGAUAUAACUUCUUUCAAUCAAAUAAUGGACACGAAUUACUGGGGGUCGGUUUACACAACCCAAUUUGCGAUUCCAUAUUUGAGGAACAACAGAGGGAAGAUCGUAGUCCUUUCUUCAACUGCGGCGUGGUUGCCGGCUCCAAGAAUGAACAUUUACAAUGCAACAAAGGCUGCACUUAAGAGCAUGUUUGAAACAUUGAGAGUGGAAUUAGCUCCCGAUAUUGGGAUCACAAUUGUAACACCUGGGUUUGUUGAGUCUGAAUUAACUAAAGGAAAGGCCUUGUAUUCUCAUGGUACAAUCGAAGUUCAUCAAGAUGUUAGAGAUGCUCUGAUUGGUGCGAUUCCGGUUGAGACGGUGGAGGCAUGUGCAAAGGCCAUUGUGAGGAGCGUGUGUCGUGGUGACCGGUACUUGACGGAGCCAUCUUGGUACAAUAGUGUGUAUUACAUGAAGGUGUUUUGCCCGGAGGUGUUGGAGUGGUUUUACCGUAUAUUUGUGUAUACGAGGCCGGGAACCUCUGUCGCGGAGGCGCUGAACAAGAAAAUGCUGGAUGCCACCGGAGCCAAGAAUGUAAUGUACCCACCUUCCAUACAUUCUGUUGAAAUCGAGGACGACUAGUUUUGCAAGAAUCUCGUACAAAAGUUUUGGUCUUUCGAUCUUUUUUGUAUAUAUGUAUGUAUGUCUUUCAGCUUGGGAUUGCUCUGUUUUUUAGACUACUUUGGUGUAGUUCUUCCAUCUAGCAACGAAUAAAUGAUAAAUGAUAUAUAUGUGUGU